AUGGCAGAGGUUUCGGCGAAGAGCUUCAUACCGGAAACAUUCCAGGGAUACACGCCGGAGAUAGCGGGGCAAAUCGGUCUUUUAUGGGAGCUAAUCAAAGCGCCGUUGAUAGUUCCGGUGCUGACGGUGUGCGUGUACAUCUGCUUGGCGAUGUCGAUAAUGGUGUUCAUGGAGAGGCUUUACAUGGGGGUUGUUAUUGUUCUGGUGAAGCUCUUCUGGAGAAAACCAGAGAAGAGGUAUAAAUGGGAGCCGAUGGAGGAAGACGCCGACGAUUUGGAAGCCGCCGGAGCUAAUUUCCCGAUUGUCCUUGUUCAGAUCCCCAUGUUCAAUGAGAAAGAGGUUUAUAAGAUCUCAAUUGGUGCAGCGUGUAAUCUUUCGUGGCCUGCUGAUAGGCUGGUUAUUCAAGUUUUGGAUGAUUCCACUGAUUUUGUCGUCAAGGAUAUGGUUGAGAGAGAGUGUUUGAGAUGGGCAAGCAAAGGGGUUAAUAUUAAGUACCAAAUUAGGGAGUCGAGAGGUGGUUAUAAAGCCGGUGCGCUUAAAGAAGGCCUUAAACACGACUAUAUCAAACAAUGCGAGUAUGUCGUAAUAUUCGAUGCUGAUUUUCGACCCGAACCUGAUUUUCUCAAACGGGCCGUUCCGUUUUUGAUCCACAACCCGGAUAUAGCCCUUGUGCAAGCUCGUUGGAGGUUUGUGAAUUCAAAUGAAUGUAUGUUGACAAGGAUGCAAGAAAUGUCAUUGGACUAUCAUUUUAAAGUGGAGCAAGAAGUGGGAUCAGCAACUCAUGCAUUCUUUGGCUUCAAUGGAACUGGAGGAAUAUGGAGAAUAGGAGCGAUAAACGAGGCAGGAGGAUGGAAAGACAGAACAACAGUAGAAGAUAUGGAUCUUGCUGUUAGGGCUGGUCUUAAGGGCUGGAAAUUUCUCUACUUAGGUGAUCUCCAGGUGAAAAGCGAACUUCCUAGUACUUUCAAAGCAUUCCGUUUCCAGCAGCAUCGGUGGUCGUGUGGGCCCGCAAAUUUGUUCCGGAAAAUGGUUAUGGACAUUGCUACAAACAAGAAAGUUACGCUAUACAAGAAGUGUUACGUGAUCUACAGCUUCUUCUUCGUCCGAAAAAUCAUUGCCCAUUUUUUCACCUUCUUCUUUUACUGUUUAAUUCUGCCGUUGACAAUUCUUGUGCCUGAAGUAUACGUUCCAAAAUGGGGAAGCAUUUAUAUUCCUUGCAUUAUAACCAUGCUCAAUUCUGUCGGAACUCCAAGGUCAUUUCAUUUGUUGUUCUAUUGGGUACUUUUCGAGAACGUUAUGUCAUUCCACCGGACAAAAGCUACGUUGAUUGGUUUGUUCGAGGCCAAGAGAGUGAACGAAUGGGUAGUCACCGAAAAACUCGGAGAUGGUGUUAAGAACAAAUCAAACAACAAAUCAAUCGGAUUCAAGAAAUCCAUUUUUAAGUUUCUUGGUGACAGGGUUUCGGUACACGAGCUCGGAUUUGCGGCAUUUCUUUUCGUAUGCGGAUGCUACGAUUUCUUGUACUGGAAGAACAAUUAUUUCAUAUACUUAUUCCUUCAAACCAUCACCUUCACUAUUGCCGGAUUUGGCUACGUUGGCACCUUUGUCCCUAGCUAGUAGAAGAUGAAGAUGAAGAUUAUAUAAUUAAAUAUUUUAAUUUUUUUUUCUAAACUUAUACGAGAAAAUGUACACACGUGUACAACAGAAAUUCGAAGGGAUUUGAUCAGAAAGCAAACGUCGUUAGCAUUUUAUACAGUCAGGAUAAAAAGGUUGAAAGAACCAUAUAUAUUAUUAGGGUUAGAUAAACAAGUGUUUCUUCUUUUUGUAGUCAUGUAGUUGUCUGAAAGCUGUGUGUGUGUGUGUGUGUGUUUUAAAGAUUUUUCUUUUAAUGUAAUAAGAUAACUAUAUGAAUUUUGAGUGAGAAGGUUCAUUAUAAU